AUGUCCAGGUCGAGCAACAACGACGACCAUGAGAUCUUCCUUGAGAAGUCGCGUCUUGAUUUGGAGCAGGAGUAUGGAGGAUCCGAAAAUGGGAGGCAGUUCAAGAAAGAUGAGCAGUAUCGGCUCUACAAGGUUUUCAAGGAGCGUGAGCUCAAGAGUGGAACUUCCAACACAGCUACCACAAAGAUCAGCGGUGGUGGCCAGUUGAGGAGCUCGUCACCACUGGCUGAUGAAUCUGUGGAUGAAAAUUCGUCCCAGGCUCCUUCUGCUGGAGCAUCAGCUUCAGGCACCAGGCCCAAUCCUGAGGCGGAAGGUGUUGCUAAGUCUCUCAGUUCAAUGUUGGAUAGCAUGUGCCCUCUUGACAAAAAGGGCAAGAAUAAGGAAAAUGAUUCAGAUACUGAAGAUGAGGAUGAUGAGGCCCAGGGAAAGAAGCCGAAGAAAAGGCUGAGAAGCCUUGGGAAGAAAGCUCGCACUGUGGCCAACGACCUUCAUGAAUUUCCUGGGAACGACGCCGGGGGCUUGUGGCUUGAGGAUGAACAUGCAAAUGGACAAUCCGUUGCCGAUGUCAUGGCGAUCUACAAGCGUCAGAGAAAACGAAUCGAGGGUGCUGAAGAUGACAUUGAGUCGGGCAAGGCGACUGUGAACACUUUGAAGCGUCGCCGAAAGCAGAAGGAGGAAAAAGAAAAGAAGGCCAAGGAGGCCAAGAAAGCCCAGGAAGAGCCAGAAGAGGAAGAGAAGGAAGUGGAUGGAAAUGAGGAAGCACCCAUGGAGGAUGAUGAGCCAGGGGAGGAGGACCACUGGUGGAAUGAGUGGGAUGGCUUCACUUACGAUGCUGCCAAGCGAUCCUCGGGCGGAGCUGCAAAGCUCGUUACCAAUUUUUUGGAGAUGGUAAUGAAGGGCGAGGUGCAAAAAGAGUAUUGGUCUCACAACACUAAACUGGAAGAUGACCUGCGAGCGUACUGGAGGCAACAGGAGGUGGAAGAACCCACCAGCAUGAGCUACGUCCUCCCUGUAAGAUUGUAUGGUGAUGGAGCUGGUGCUUUCAGCCCAAAACUCAAUAAGCUAGCCGUGCGAAACGUGAGCCGAUCCCAUGAGGCUGUGACCUUUGUGGAGCCUGAUGAGGAUGUGGGUGCGCUGGGUGAAGGCAGCUUCGGCCAAGUGCUAUUGGUGACAGACCCGGAAGGGCAGGACUUUGCUCUGAAACGGGUCAGCCGAAAGCAUUUGGAACAGGACAACCCCUGUGGAUCCGCGGAGGCGUUGACCGUCACGGCCGAGGCCACCGGUGAAUGGAUCUGUGGAUUGGACCAGGGGCAAAGCUCCCCAGAGGCCAUCGAUGGAACCAAGCUGGGAGUGAUAGUAACCUUCGAGCGACCAGAUGGACGCGAGAAGGACAUCAGCUUUCUUCACCGACCCCUUGGGAUGGACUGCAGUGGUCAGGAAGUUGUGGUGGUGGAGCGAGUCCUUCGCUUUUCGCAAGCCGCCAAAGAAGGUGUGGCUGCGAAUUGGGUUGUCCGAGCAGUCAACGGAGUCAGACAUGAUGUGCUCUCAACGCUGCAAGCUGCCAGCAAUCAGCUGCCACAGGUGGCUGAUAUUCGCUUCACCUUUCGGGUGCCGGACGCCGGAGACAAGGAGGUGGAGAUCGCUCUCAGAAGCCGGCCGGUGGGAAUUACCUUCACCCGAAGCGAACCCUUGAGAGUGAAGUCCGUGAGGUCCCAGUCCUACGCCUUCGGACUGGGUGUCGCCCGUGGAUGGGUUCUGCUGCGUGUGGAUGGUGAGCCCAUCCCUGAAAGGUUGGAGGAGGCCAUGGAAAUGGUGACCUUCAAGGUCUCCAAUCUUCCGGAUCUCAAGGCGUCGCCGGACUUGUCCCCAGCGGAAAUCAUGAACUUGCCCAAGUGA